GGUGGUACUUCGACUUUUCCGGGUCGAUUUUGUCCGAUGCCGGAAUUGUGAAUGAAAGGUUCUCUCGUUGAUUGAUUCUAUAUUUGGUGUUUUGAGUUAAGUGAACACUUGUAAAGUGUCUUCAAAGCUGAAGGCCCUACUGAGAUUUAUAUUGACCUUAGGAGCUUCAUCGCUCUGCGCCAAAGGCGCAAUGAAAGAGAAAAGCAAAAACGCGGCGCGCAGUAGAAGGGAAAAAGAAAACGCAGAAUUUAUCGAGCUUGGAAAACUUUUACCUUUGCCUGCCGCUAUUACGACGCAGCUGGAUAAAGCCUCGGUUAUACGACUUACCACGUCUUACCUGAAAAUGAGACAAGUAUUUCCAGAUGGUUUAGGUGAUGCUUGGGGCGCAACCCCAGUAAUACCCAACCCCCGCGAAACCCUUCUCAAAGAACUAGGCUCCUAUCUACUCCAAACCCUAGACGGAUUCAUUUUCGUCGUGGCCCAAGACGGAAAAAUCAUGUACAUUUCCGAAACGGCUUCGGUGCAUCUGGGACUAUCACAGGUCGAACUAACCGGAAACAGCAUUUACGAAUACAUUCAUCCAGCGGAUCACGAAGAAAUCACUGCAGUUUUGACGCCAUCGUUGCCAGCUUAUCCAGGCGCUUCCCUCAAUCACGACUACGAAAUGGAAAGGAGUUUCUUUUUGAGGAUGAAAUGCGUUUUGGCUAAAAGGAAUGCUGGAUUAACGAACGGUGGAUACAAGGUGAUACAUUGUUCCGGUUACCUGAAAAUCAAACAAUUUCCAGUCGGAAAUGGAGGCUGUUUCCAAAAUAUGGGUUUGGUUGCUGUGGGGCACUCGUUACCCCCUAGCGCAAUUACCGAAAUCAAAUUGUACACCAAUAUGUUUAUGUUUAGGGCCAGUUUGGAUUUGAAAUUGAUUUUUUUGGAUGCAAGGGUGGCCCAACUGACGGGAUACGAGCCGCAGGAUUUAAUCGAAAAAACGCUGUACCACUACAUACACGGCAGCGAUAUUUUCGCCAUGAGAUAUUCACAUCACCAAUUAUUGUGUAAAGGUCAAGUCACAACAAAAUACUACCGAUUCCUGUGCAAAGGAGGUGGUUGGGUGUGGAUGCAAAGCUACGCUACAAUAGUCCACAACUCUAGAUCCUCAAGGCCUCACUGCAUAGUCUCAGUCAAUUACGUUCUGAGCGACUACGAGUGCAAGGAACUGAUUCUGAAUGUAACCCAAUCAGCUCCGAAAGAGGAACUAUCUUCGCCCCGUCGCGAAAAUCACUCGCCUAAAGUAACCCCGACAAGAUCAAUUAGUCAAGCCAAAUACCAGCCUUAUCCUUCGCCGAAAUCCAGGAUCAAUCGAUGUACAGUGGAACCUGAACAUUUUAACGAUUCAAAUGGCCCUGGACAGUUUGGUGUGGUAGAAUAUGAACACAAUAACGUUUUGUAUCUUCACUCAACCCAAGAAGACUCAAACCCAUCAUACUACCACCAUCCCGAAUUAUACUACCAAUACAACGACCACGAAUCCUCAUACUCUGCAAUGACAGGCUCGGUGAGCUCCCAAACUCGUCCUUUUAGUGCAUCUUCGAGCUCUUGCAGCUCAAUUGAAAGUAAUACAGAAAACAGUCAUCAUUAUCAACCUGCUAAUGCCUUGGUACCGAUUAAUCCUAGUGGAUGUUUUAAUCCAAACAGUCCUGGUGGGGCUAAUAAUUGGACUGCUGCUAGUACUCAGCAGCAUGAAUUCAAAAACGAAUUUGCUCAUCAUGUGACGCAUUCUGCAGGGUAUACGAGCGUGAUUGUUGAUAAUCAACAGUAUCAUUUGACUAAUGAAUAUGUUCACUAAUUACGACAUCACUUUUUUUUUUUAUUAUCUGUGUUAUUAAAUUUAUAUUAAUUAUUGACGCACAGCGAUUAUA